UCCUCCUCCUCCAUCUUUUCGCCUCAGGGAGCCCACAACUCCUGGUCUGAGGCGAGAGAGAGAAAGGAAGGAAGGAAGGAAGGGGUUAAGUGGGAGGAGGAGCGCCAUUAAAAGCCAGGCCGAGGGAGGAAGGAAGGGAAGAAAAAGGGAGAGCCUUCCCCUUCUUCAGGGGCCGUUUUCCUUCCUCCUUUUUCUCCAGGGAGGAAGGGAUAAAGAGAAGAGGCUCCCCGGUCCUUGGCUGAUCGCUUCCAGGGGCUCCCCUUCCCUUCCCGAGUCCCAAGAUGGAGGAGGUCUUCUCCCUGGCCCUGGAGCUCCUCAGCGCCUGGUUCGCCCUGGCCUUCCUCCUCAUCGUCCUGCCCUCCAUCUUCGGCGUCUCCUUGGGCAUCUCCGAGCUUUACCUCAAGGCCCUGGUCAAGACCUUGGAGUGGGCUACACUUCGGAUUGAGAGGGGGAUCAGAGAGCAGCAUAAAGAUAAACAGAAACCCACGGCAUCAAAUGUUAUUAUACAGAGAGAUCACACCACAAUGGAGAAGGCAAUUGCUGGCCUGCGUUGCGGCGAUUUUGAGCUCUCGGAUGUUUUUUAUUUCUGCAAAAAAGGGUUUGAAGCCAUUGUGGAAGACGAAGUCACCCAAAGGUUCUCCUCAGAAGAGCUGGUCUCUUGGAACCUCCUAACCAGGACAAAUGUCAAUUUCCAUUACAUCAGUUUACGGUUGACUGUGGUGUGGGUUAUUGGCGUUUUUGUGCGGUAUUGUCUCUUGCUACCUCUUCGUGUUACACUGGCAACCAUUGGAAUAGGUUCCAUGAUUGUGGGCACCACACUGGUAGGACAGCUGCCAAGCGGGGAAAGAAAAGACUGGCUGAGUGACCUUGUCCAUCUGACAAGCUCCCGGAUCCUUGUCAGAGCACUCUCUGGCAACAUUUAUUAUCACAACAAGGAAAACAAACCUCAGAAAGGAGGAAUUUGUGUCGCCAACCACACAUCCCCGAUUGAUGUUAUUAUCUUGACCAACGAUGGCUGUUAUGCAAUGGUUGGCCAGGCUCACGGAGGCCUAAUGGGUGUUAUCCAGAGAGCCACUGUCAAGGCCUGCCCACAUGUCUGGUUUGAACGCUCUGAAAUGAAAGAUCGCCAUCUAGUGACAAAAAGACUGAGAGAACAUAUUGCCAGCAAGGACAAACUCCCCAUCUUGAUUUUUCCAGAAGGCACUUGUAUAAACAAUACCUCAGUAAUGAUGUUUAAAAAGGGAAGUUUUGAAAUAGGUGGCACCAUUUACCCAGUUGCUAUCAAGUACGACCCCCAAUUUGGUGAUGCUUUCUGGAACAGCAGCAAGCAUGGUAUAGUGAGCUAUCUCCUGCGAAUAAUGACCAGCUGGGCUAUUGUCUGCCAUGUGUGGUAUUUGCCACCAGUAACAAGAGAGGACGGAGAAGAUGCUGUUCUUGCCAACAGAGUGAAAUCUGCCAUUGCGCAAGGAGGACUUACAGAACUGCCCUGGGAUGGAGGUUUGAAAAGAGCCAAAGUGAAGGAAACUUUUAAGGAGGAAGAGCAGAAAAAUUACAGCAAAAUGAUAAUAGGAAAUGGAGCGUCAAGUAAACUAGCAGACUCAGACUGAUUUGUUCCGGCUGAUAUUUCUCAUGCCUCAUCGCUAUAGAAAAAAUGUGGAUCCCCCCCCCCCCCCCCCUGUUCAGUAAAAAGAAAGCACCAGGCAUGGGCAGUAGAGGACACUGCUUUCUUUUCUUGUUGGUGUGCAUUUGUCCACCGGCGAAUUCCUGCUUGUGAUGUCUGGAAAAGAGAAAUGAAUUGAAGCAGAACAGAAAAUCCCAGUUGUUAGAAUGGGCUGCAGCUUUUGAAUUGUUGCCCAAAGGGAAUGUACAUAAUAAUAAAAUCAAGUUAUUUAAUUGUGCAAAUAACAUUUGCAUCAUUCAUGUGGUUAUGGAAUGUUUGAACAAUUUUUCCUCACUGGUUACUCUGGAUGGACUGCUGUGAUUGUUUGAAUAGAUGGUCUUACAUUUCCAAGAUUGUUUUACUGGGUGUGCAUUUUGUUGUCUUUGCUAACGUUUUGGUUAGAGAGUAAAUAUCUGAGCAUUAGGCUAAAUAGCUGGAAAAAGUUAAAUGUCUAGUUGAUGAUCUGUGAAAGUUAAAAUGAAGGACUAGAACAACCUGCAAACAAACUUUGCAAGGGGGGGGGUGAGUUUGCUUCUUGUAGAAACCCAGCUGUUCUUUUCACAACAGACUUUUUAAAAAAGUCUAGAAAAAUGGUGAAUAUGGUCUCUUCCUUCACAGACACCAUGCACAAAAGAAAGGGGCAGGUGAUUUUGAAGGUUGCAGCCUUGCAGGUCAGACUGACCCUUAAAAAAUAGACUGAAAGUUGGAAGGAAAAAAAAACCUGGAGGUAAACAAAUGUUUGGUGAAAUGCACUUCUCUCAUGGACUGUGUUGGCAACAGCCUAUAUGUAUAUUUGUCACUUAAUGUCUGAGAAAUAUGUCAUGUUGCCUUAUUGUAAAUUGAAAUAAAACUCUAUAUUUCUAA